AGUUCGUCAGGACAGCAGAAUUUUCCAGCUUAGUUUCCCCGAGUGACCUGAAACGUCCUCGAAGGCAAAAUUGCACUGCAUCUGUCGGCCUCAUACCGAACGUCAGGAGUUCUUGCACUAUGGUUUUUGAGGAGAAAAUGAUUACAAAUGGAGAGCCUGAUGAGGAGGAAGAGGAGGAGGAGGAGGAGGAGGAAGAAGAAGACAUGGUGGACCCUUUAGACACCGUGCGGCAGAAGUGUGAAGAAACUCACCACUGUGUACACAUGCGGGAGAAGCUGGAGCUCUGUGAGACCAGGGUGGGCUCACGGUCAGAAACCCAAGAGGAGUGCACUGAGGAGCUCUUUGACUUCUUACAUGCCCGCGACCACUGUGUGGCACACAAGCUGUUCCAUUCAGUGAAGUAAACUUUGCUGAAAGUUGGUUCCAGUGUCUCCUGUUCUACAGAUAUACAGUAAAAUCUUCGUAAAAUAUGCUGAAACUGCAAUUGUAAAAAAAGACACCCAUCAGGGUAUACUGUCAAUGUUAGGAAUGUCCUGAAAUUAGAUUUGAUGUGUGUGGGUAUAUUUAAGUAUUAAAAAUGUAUUAAACCUG